AUGAGCAGGCUUGUGCGAGGGCCGACCCGUCAACCUCUCGGCCCACCGGCCACUUCUCAAGCCCGGCCCGGUCCUAGGGAGGCCUUAAGCAAAAAUGGCCGGCCCAAAAAACUCAAAUUCUCUUCAAGUCGAAUUUUUCGCUUUUUUCACGAGAAAAGUGGUAUUUUGCUUAUUUUUUCUUAUAGAGCUAUUAGAAAUUAUGAUUCAACAAGUGAAAAUAAUUUUUCCCUGAAAAUUUUUCAAAAUGAAAUUUGAGAUUUCCUUCGAAGCAUGGCCUGGCCCGAGCCCACGCAGGCUUUUUUCAAAAGUGUAGGCCCAAAGCGCGGGUCGCCCGGCCUGACGCAUAUAGUCUGUUCAGAUUUUGAAUGUCAAGCAGCUAACUCCACCCCCAAGGCUACAAUAUCUUUCGCGUCAAUGUUUUAUCUUCAUAUGCCAAUGGCCCUUUAAUAAGGCUGCUUUUUUGACCUCUUUUUGUAUCUUUUAGAUCGAAAAAGAUCAAAAUUAGUCCCGCGCGAUGAAACAUCGACGCGAAAAGGUACCGUCUCAGCAGGGGCGGAGUUAGCUUCUUGACAUUCAAAAUCUGAACAGACUAUAAGCCUGCGGAUGAGUUGAAUAAUUCCGCGUUCAAUGUGAUUCUCGAGAGCAAAAAGAACCUAUUUCUAUCGCAAAGCGACGCCAAACAUAACCUCUGUUGCAACGUUUUUCAAAUAAUUUAUCACUCGAACUAUAUUUAAACCUCGAGCUGUUUCCAAGUGAGCGGUUGCUAUGGCGACUCGAGUAGUCCGCCGCUGCGUGGCUCAUUUAAUCUCGUUUUCAAAUGCGGUGCUGUUUUCCUGCCAAGUUAACGCGUUCUCGUCGUGAAGAUCAGUAUAAGGUUGCUGAAAAUGACAUACCUACUGCAGAAGUUCCUCAGUACUCAUGGUAAUUCUUGAAAUUUCGUUUUUAUCUUUCAUCUAGGCUUUGAAAAAUCUUUUUACUGAUUAACGUCUUUGAUUAUUAAUUAAUGCGAUUCUUUACUACGCCAGUCAAAAUCUUUUCAAACUUUUUCGUUUUCAAGAAAUGAGGGCUAAAAAAAAACUAAAAAUCUGUUAUAGUAUGUUCAGAUUUUUAAUGUCAACCAGCUAACUCCGCCCCCGCUGCGAAGGUACCUUUUCGCGUCGAUUUUCAUCACGCGGGACUAAUUUUGAUCUUUUUUGAUCUAAAAGAGAAAAAGAAGUCAAAAAUGCAGCCUUAUUAAAGGGACAUCGUCAUCUGUAGAUAAAAAAUUGACGCGAAAGAUAUUGUAGCCUUGGGGGUGGAGUUAGCUGCUUGACCUUCAAAAUCUGAACAGACUAUAAAUUGGGUCACUUUGAAAUUUUGAGCCUUUUAAGACUUUUAGGAUCUUGGGUAAAUCAAGAAAUAUCGUCACAGUUUUCAAGAAACUCUUAAACGAAAGAAAAUUCACUCCCUUGUUCUCAUAGAUAAAAAUACAUAGGCAAAGUCGGAAGGAUCCUCCGAGGGUCCAUAAAGGACCAUAGAAAUGUUCCUUUUAGGGUGAUGAAGGCUCACUUUUUGCUGCCUUUUUGCACCAUUUUCUCAGCCCUUAUGCACCAUUUUUGCUGCCUCUCCCUUUCUCCACCAUUUCUCGAGCCUUUAAAAUCCCAGAAAAAUGGAAGGCUCGAUAAAGGGAGUCUCUUUGCUGCCUUUCGCUGCCUUUUUGCUGCCGUUCGCUGCCUUUUUGCUGCCUGUCUGCGGCCUUUUUUUUAACCUCUCCCUUUUAGCACCCAUUAUCCACCAUUCCGACUUUGCCCGAGUAUUAUUUCAUUUUUCUAAUUUCUUUCUCUAAGGGAUACGAAAUCUGCCGUGGAUGUGAGCAAAUUUACUAUCGCCGAUAUUCACACAGGAGUAAAAUGCAUAAGAAGCGACGAAAAAGAUUCGAUGCAAGUAGAAAAUUGCACGGUAAAAUAUAAAUUUUGUGAGUGUUGGACUCUUUGAACUUGCAGAAUUCUGUGGUUCUGCUGUUGAAACCGACGGCCAGUUUGACAGUGGAUGAUUGCAGAGACUGUCUCGUUGUUCUUGGACCCUGCGCUGGAAGGUUUCGAGCAGCAAAGAAGAUUCGGUUUAGGAACAUGUUCCAGCGUAUUCAUUCGGGAUUGUGCGAAUUGCACCGUUUUGACGGCCUGCCAGCAACUGAGAACUCGCGAUUGUCACGGUCUCCGGGUUGGAAUCGUGUGUGCCACGCAGCCAAUCAUCGAAAACUCCAACGACGUCUUCUUCUAUCCACUGACCCUGAACUAUCCCAGCCUGAAAGGUGAUUCUUCCCGAAAAUGAACUUUUUUUUAGAAGAAAAUGUUUUUUUUCAAACACUUGCGUUUUUUGUUUUUACAUUACAAAAAAAUUUCAACAUUUCAUAUAUCUGAGAAAAAUAAUUGAAAUAUUAAAAAAAAAGAAAGUUUUUAAUUUUGAACUUCGUUUUUUCGUUUCUCGCAAGUCGUAUGCUAGGCAAGUUUCAGAGCACAUGAAAUCGGCUUCGCUGAGCCUUUUCAUGGGAAAUGUAAAUUCCGUACACGACUUCACUCCCGAAACCAAGCCGAAUUUCAGAGUUGUAAAAACGCCGCUGCAAUUGGUAAGUAAAAAUAAUAAACGUUUCUUCAGGGCUCUUCAUAUAAUCCGAUCAUGAAAUUUUUUUCCUUCACUUUCUCCAUUUAUUCAGGACGGAGAUCAAGAGGAGUCACUUCGCUUUGAAGGAGUGCUUACACAAAAAGAAGAUUCCAUUAUUCCUGUUUUCAGUACUUCCAAAGAGGUUCGCCUUUCAAGAAUCAUGUAUACCUUGUUCUCUCUGACCUGGGACGUUGUGGUCGCACGGUGGAAUGGCUCAAAGAAGACCCGCCUUGAACUAACCGCUUUGUGACAUUUCGCUCCUAUCCGUUAUACGUGCGAUCAUGAGCUUUCGGUUCAGAACGAAUCUUUUUUCAAAUUUCUUUCCUCUUCUCUUCCUAAAGUGCGAUUGCAGGUAUCAAACUUCGUAUAUUCUUUUCAAGAGAAGAACGAAAGUAGGGUGGAUUUUGAAGAAAGAUGUGCGGGUUUCUCCGACGCUCUGCGCUCUGAUCCAGAUGUUUCCCUUUUGUCGUGCAACGACAUCGAUACUUCGAAGCUAGCGGACAAUUUGGUACCAGUCCAAGGCAUGUCUAGUGAGUUCAUUUUUUCGUGAUAUUUCAUCUUCACUAUCGAAACAAUAUCAAGUAACCAACCGAAAUACUUUUAGGCCGGCUCGUUUUGUUCGAAGUUGUCGCCGCAGAAGAGAGACUUUACACGCUUUGCAAAGGAUCGCCUUUUUUAUUCCACGUUUCUUUCCCGGAGAAAGUAGCUCAAUUUCGAAAUCUCAUCUCAAUCCAUUCUACACACACAUGA